GGCGAUUGGUGCAGUCGCGGAAAUGGGGUUAUUGACGAUAUUGAAGAAAAUGAAGCAGAAGGAGAAAGAAAUUCGUCUGUUGAUGCUAGGAUUGGACAAUGCAGGGAAAACAACGAUUUUGAAGAGAUUCAUCGGAGAAGAUAUUAACAAGAUUGAGCCCACCUUGGGUUUUAAUAUACAAACGUUGGAACACAGAGGGUUUAAACUGAAUGUGUGGGAUAUUGGUGGUCAGAAGUCUUUGCGAUCAUAUUGGAGAAAUUACUUUGAAUCGACUGAUGGCCUUAUUUGGGUUGUAGACAGUGCUGACAAGUGGCGAUUAGAUGACUGCAAAACAGAGCUUCACCAACUACUUCAAGAAGAGCGUCUAGCUGGAGCGACGUUACUUGUCUUUGCAAACAAGCAGGAUCUCCCGGGGGCGCUGAGUGGUGGAGAGCUGCGGCAGGAACUCGAUCUGGACAGCAUUAGGUCUCAUCACUGGCAUAUUCAAUGGUGUAGCGCUGUUAGUGGUGAAAAGUUGUUAGAUGGUAUCGACUGGAUAAUAGCAGACAUAGCGUCGCGGAUAUUUACACUGGAGUGAGACAAAGUUACAAUUUGUAAUUGUACUAAUACAUGAUCUAUAGUCGUAGAAGUAUAGCAAAAUAUUCUGUG